AUGGCCGCCCCCGCUUCCGACCUGGGCCCCGUAGGAUACCUGCUACUACUCCUGCUGGUUACCCCAAUCUGGGUCGCAUCAGUCAGUCACCGACACCGACACCCUAAAAGCCAGGCAAAUUCAUUGAGUAGUGACGUGGCCUGUGGCCAGUCAGUUCUGGAGGGUAAGAUCUUGGGAGGAAUGCCGUCCCCCUUUCAGAAAUGGCCUUGGCUGGUCAGCCUGCAUUACGCUGGCUUUCAUAUCUGCGGUGGCUCCAUUCUCAAUGCCUACUGGGUGCUGACGGCAGCACACUGCUUUACCAGGGAGAAGAAGAUUGAAAUCUUUGAUGUGUAUGUGGGCAUCAACAACCUCGACGUGGCCACCAGACACACCCAGUGGUUUGAGAUUAACAAGGUGAUCAUUCACCCCACCUAUGAACUCUUUCACCCUGUUGGAGGGGACGUGGCUCUUGUGCAGCUGAAGAGCGCCAUCACAUUCUCUGACUCUGUGCUCCCCGUUUGCAUGCCGCCUUCCAACAUCAACCUCGACAAUGUGCCUUGCUGGGCCGCUGGAUGGGGACUGGUCUCACAGCAAGGCGACACCUUGAAACAGCUACAGGAAGUCCAGUUGCCACUAAUCCCCAAGUUCCAGUGCCAGCUGCUCUAUGGAUAUGUAUCUUACCUCCUGCCAGAAAUGCUGUGUGCUGGAGACAUCAUGAAUGUGAAGAAUGUGUGUGAGGGUGACUCUGGUGGCCCACUGGUAUGUAAGCUGAACCAGACCUGGCUGCAGAUUGGAAUAGUUAGCUGGGGCCGUGGGUGCUCCCAACCCCUGUACCCAGGGGUGUAUGCCAAUGUCUCCUAUUUUUUGAGUUGGAUCAAUUAUCAUGUGAAGACCACACCCAUUCCUCCUCUGCUGCUCCCCUCGCUCUCUUCAUCCCUGAGAGCCACCCUUAGCGUUUUUGUGACCGUGCUGGCGAGCCUGUUGAGUGGCAUUAGAGAUGCUCUAAGGCCUGAAAUACAGGGAGGCUGGAGCAGUCCUGGCUCUGCUCCUGAAUCCGUCACCACAGUCACACAGAGGACCUGUCCCAGGAAAUGGAAGGGACGGUUUGAGACAUCUUUUGUAAAAGGGACUUGGAUGAAAGUGAGAAUUGACUGUGGGCAUCAGCCACUUGUGAAGAGAAACACGUCAGAGGUGGCGGUGCCUCAGCAGAGAGCACAGCCUGGCAGAGAAGAAGAGAACAAGACUCCACGCCUGGAGCCCUAG